UCAUACGUCACCGUCGUCUCCUGUUUUUUCGGCCGAUUCAUGUGCCGCCUGGCUACCGUGUGAUCUGGCCGCGUGUUCAUUCGCCGCCGCCGGUCCGGUCACGAUCGUCUCUCCCCGGAUGCGAAUUGUUUUUCGUCUACAUAGAGUGCCACCAAAGUGGCUGUAGGGUCUUAAAAUGAUCCCAUGGUUUUUUGAUGACUUGAACCUUUUUGGAAUCGAGAACCGGGGAUAGAUUAAUGAUGUUCUAAAUUUCAAGAGAGUUUCAAGUUUUUCCAACUGUGUUUGUGACAUUUUGUUGUCUGUGUUUGGACACGUCACUAAGGAAAAUGAAUUGGCGUUCGUUCGUGGCGCUGAUGACAGCGUUGAUGCUGUUACCGCUCGUCUUGUCACACAGCAAUCACGUGUAUGUAUCGGUGAUCCACGGCCAUGACCAGGGUUCGCUGUUACUCAGGACCAUGGAUAGAGCGUUGCCGACGUCGGUGAAGGUGUUGUACGCCGAGAUGCCGGCCAACAGGUUCAGCACGGGUGCUUUGGAAGCUGUGCUCGAUCUGUGGGCGAACAAGACGAUCGUCGCAUGUCUGCUGCUCAUACCUGAACCGGUGGGAUCGAUGCCCGCUCUAACUGCGACCAAGUAUAAGAUCCCCGUCCUCUGGCUUCCUUCGGUGCAACGAGUUGACCAGGAACGCUGGAAUGAUAUGGUAGUCAGGGUAUCAAUCACACCAUGGGAAUUAUUUUCUGCCCUCAGAUCGUUUCUGUUACACACCGGAUGGUAUAAAUUUUAUGUGUUGCACUCGAUAACGAUAGACAAAAGAGUCAAAACUAUGCUCAGCAAAGCUCCGUUGAGUUAUACGUCAGUGCCAAUAUCUUCAGACUCGUCAGACCUUAUGCUAUUCAGAUCUAUGGUAGAACUUUCGACUUCCGAGGCUUCUGUUGUGGUGGUGGUCGGUGAUCGGGACUCAGCACAAACUGUCUGGCGCCAGGCAGCCGCGCUCGGGCUUCUACCCACCGGCAACGUGGCAUGGUUGUGGUUGGACAUCGGCAACAGCAGCGGUGGCGGUGUCAACGCAACUGGGAAGAGGAGAGGUAACGUACCGGUGGGAAUGCUGUCCCUGCGUCCUGUCGUACCACCGCAGGAGGACAAACACACCGUCAGGGCGGCAGUGCGCGUGUUUUCCGAGUGUAUCAAAGACGUGAUGUCGGCCAGGUGCGAGGGCUGGACACCCAAGUUGUCCAGGGUCAGUGAUGCGUGCGUGGACAUUUUGCGGGGCCCCGAGUUCCCGAGCGAUUUGCACAGACAACUCGGAAGUGCGGUGCACGACGUGCUGUCCGGCCGGUCGAUUGGUCGCCGAGCCAAAACCAACGCCGAGAAACCAGAUCUUAGCCUUGCCGUCCGAUUCGACAUUAUGAAUUCGGUCGCCAACAACCGACACGCACCAAAUGGUUAUACGAGGGCUUGGAAGAAAGUCGGCACCAUCGGUCCGUCUAGUACCGGCGGACAAUUGGUCAAGUUGGAUUCGGUGGUAUGGGCCGGCGGAAAAAUGGUGCCGGCCUCUGAUCUGGGCAGGCGGGCUGUGUACAGAGUGGUUACCGCUAUUGGACCGCCAUUCGUCAUGCACGCGCCAUUGCAACAGGAUCGCCAGUGUCUACGUGGUAUACAAUGUUACCAAAUGACGACGACUAACAAGGACAACAUAACGAUGAUAUUAAAGGACGUCAAGUUGGAUUCGAAAAAAAACGCGACGCUACCGAACACGUAUUGCUGUUUUGGGUUAUCUAUAGACCUACUGGAAAAAAUGUCGAAAGACUUGGAAUUUGAUUUUCACCUAUACUUGGUUGCUGAUGGAACAUUUGGGUCUCAGAAGAUCCAUUGGAAUGGAGUGGUCGGUGAACUCGUGUCCGGAACAGCACACAUGGCUUUCUGUCCGCUGAGCGUCACGUCUACAAGAUCGAAGUGGGUGGACUUUUCUACGCCAUAUUUCUACAGCGGUGUGUCAAUGAUGGUUGCCCCGAAGAGAAAGACCAAUGUUCCACUGCUCGCGUUUCUGUUACCACUAAGUCCGAGCCUGUGGAUCGCUAUAUUUGUGUCACUUCACGUAACUACAGUGGCAGUGGCAUUGUACGAAUGGUUCAGUCCGUUUGGCUUAAAUCCCUCCGGCAGACAAAGAUCCAAAAAUUUUGGUAUGCCUUCGGCGUUAUGGGCGAUGUGGGGACUACUCUGCGGUGCUCUCGUCAAUUUUAAAGCACCGAAAUCGUGGCCAAACAAAUUUUUAAUUAACGUCUGGGGUGGAUUUUGCGUUAUAUUCGUAGCUAGUUACACUGCCAACAUCGCAGCUCUAAUUGCUUCACUUCUAUUUCAAAACGCUGAAGUGGAUUACAACGAUCGAAAUAUGUUGUUGAUGAAAGUCGGAUCGGCUAAAUCGUCGUCUGCAGAGGUUUAUUUAAAAGACAAAAAUCCACCUCUAUGGCAACACGUUCAAAAAUAUUCUGUUCCCGAUACAGCGUCAGGCAUGCGAAUGUUGAGAAAUGGCAGUUUGGACAUAUUUAUCGGUGACAAACCCAUUUUGGACUACUAUAGUGGAACUGAUCAUGAUUGUAAACUUCAGACACAUGGAGAUCCACUUUAUGAUGACGUUUACGCAGUGGGCAUGACUAAAAACUUCAUUUUAAAAGAAAAGGUGUCUGCAGCUGUUUCAACGUAUAUAAACAACGGUUUUAUGGAUAUCCUACAAAACAAAUGGUUCAGUGAUUUACCUUGUGUCAAUCGUCAACUGGAAACAUCAGAUAUUGGACAACCAACACCAUUGGGCGUCGAUGCAUUUUUAGGUGUUUUCCUUAUGUUAGGUUUUGGAAUAUUAGGGGGCGCCAUCAUCCUCUGCCUUGAACACGCUUUUUAUCGCUACGCGUUACCCAUACUUCGACAAAAGCCACCAGAUUCGAUGUGGAGAAAUCCAAAUAUAAUGUUCGUCAGUCAAAAACUACACAGAUUCAUAAAUAACGUAGAACUAAUAUCGCCACAGCACACUGCUAAAGAACUAGUGCACACCCUAAGACAAGGACAAAUCGCAUCGUUGUUUCAAAAAAGCGUACGGCGAGUGAGUUUGCCUUUUAUGCACCCUCAACACGCACAGAAAGAGUUCGAGCGUAGAAAACGGAAAGGUCAAUUCUUCGAAGUCAUCGAAGAGAUUCGAAGAAUACAAAGGGAAGAGAGGGACAACAAAAAACAAAACGUCAGAUUGACAUUAUCAAACUCUCCGACCGCCGGACAGUCUCCGAAGCGAACGACGUCAAAAUUUUUGUCACCAGCCAGGUUGAGCCUCGGUAGACGUUACAGCAAACAGAGGUCACGGAGCUCGGGGAACUUGAGUAUCCGUCGGUACAGCACGGACGUAGCUAGUUAUUCAGAGACCGUAGGCAGACGACUGAGUCAAGGAGCGUCCAACAGUCCGCCGGACUUCAACACACGAAAACAACUGAUCAGACGGUCUUCGGGAAACCCCAGUCCAGCGGAUUCCAGCAGGAUGAGCAUAUUUUCAGCAUCUGAACUAAUCGGGGCAAAACUUAGCAACAAUAACUUAUAUGUGGAAAACGAUCUACCACGCAGUCCCAACCUUCUGUCUCCAGGCGUAUUUUUUAGGUCGAGUUUUUCGUCAGACACCUCGUCGUCACGACCCGACUUGGGUAUACAAUCGCGGAAAUCAAGCUAUUCUCAGGGACCACCCCGGGUGGUAAUCAACGGUGAGCAGUCGACCCGUCGCAAAUCAGAUGAUGAGCCACCGGCCACGUUGCCGAGGAUCAUGGAGGUAAAGAGGGCUCGCCGGUCUAGCGACGGACACCGACCGACCAAGAACCGAAAGACUGUGGAGGUGUUCCGCUGGCUUAGGCAAGCGCCUAAAACGGAGCUGGAAGCGCUGAGCAAGAUGCCUGAGGACGAGAUCAAGCACUGCAUAAUCCAAGCGCUUAAGGACAAGGACCCGACUUGAUUGCAAGUCGAAGGUGCCGAUGGUGGAGGCUGCGAAGACGUAGACGAUGACGACUUCGACGCCGAAGAUACCGUCCCAGUGUAAUUCGCGGCGUGGACUGCUGCGUCUGAUGACUAUUAAUGAUUGCAUAAGAAAUAUUAUUAUAUGAUGAACGUAGAAAAAAAAAGCGCUCAUUGUUUUCGUUGUUACAUGUUUUACUUUACUUUUGUUUCCUCGAAUAAUAACUGAUAGUAUAAUAUUAUAUAAUUGUAUAAUAUUUAAAUAUUUAAUAUUAAUAUGGUAAAAGAAGACUGUCCGGCUGGGAUAUACGACAAGCUCGUUUUCGUUAUAGGAUUAUUAAGUAAAUCGAUGCUCAAGUGCGUAGGUUAAGUGCUGCUGAUGCUGUUGCUCUAUUUCGGAACGACGAACGAGAUAAAGGGACGUCUCAAUUUCGGUAAUAACUUUAUUAUAAUGAUACUGUUAUAAGCGUUUAUCGAAACCGUUAUUCCAUAAAAUGUAGUCGUAUAUACUAUUAAAUUGUAUUAUAUUGUUUUAAAUCAUGUUUAUACUAUUACUAUAUAUUUUAUGCUCAGAUAUAAAUACUAUAUUACUGUAAUGUUAUAAUAAAAUUAUAUUAUAUUAUCUGUUCAUGUAAAUAAUAUAUUUAAUAUUUAUAUAUGCAUAUAUAAGAAAUAAUAUUACUAAUAGAAAUAGGGUCGUUACUAUUAAUAGCGGUUUCUUGUUGGUUCUUAAAAAAAAAUUUCAUCUGUUUUCUACAUUUUUUCGUUACUCGUAAUCAAGUGUUCAUAUUACAUUCUAUAAUAUAAUAUAUAAAUAAGUAUGUGUGCAAGUGCAUAAUAUUGUUUUUGUUGUUGGCAAUGAGGUUUAGGUUCAUUGUUUAAAAUUUUACACAACCGAUGUAUUCCGAUGAAACGAUCCCGAAAGCUAAAAAGUAAUAUACGUUUUAACUUUUAUUCAAAUAUUAUGUUGUUAGAAUAUCAAUACAGUAAAUCAUAUAAUAUGUAUAUAAUAUACAUAUAUAUAUUUAUAUGUUUAUGCGUGUACAUCAUUAUAUAUAUUGUCAUUUGGUUGAUUUAUUUAAGAUUUAAUUAAAAGUCAAUUAAAAAAAACUUUAAAAUUAA